UCUCCCGCCUGCUGGCCGUCUUCCUGGCUCAGAUGAUAGUUGCCGAGUGGCGUUUUCACCGUUUAUUUCAACGCUCCAAAGCGCAUUCUAAAAUGGCGGUGUUGUUUUGACGAGGCUGCUUCCUGCUGUUUGUCCAGGAACUUGAAUCUAACGGUGCAAACGCGUCCGAACUGGGCUCGAACCUGCGACCCAGUGCUGCUGCCCCAAGUCCUUAUUAAAUGUGUGUGUGGCCCGGGUGCAGCCUGGCCGGUGCCGUGGUCCAGAUGAAGAACCCGGCCACAGCGGAGAGCCGGCGUCUGCUCGGGCUUCUGGAGGAGGCUCUGGUCCGGGAGCGCCGCCUCUGGAAGGUCCCGGUCUUCAAGAGCGGCCACAUCCAGGGCACUGACAUCUCUUCAUCCCAGCACCGUGAGAUCAUCCUCUGGCUCCUGGACAUGAACAGGAUGUUCCAGUUCUGCCCAGAGACCUUUGCCCUCGGCGUCUGCGUCCUCAACAGGCUGCUGUCCACCGUCAAGGCUCAACCGAAAUACCUGAAGUGCAUCGCCUUCACCUCGCUGGUCCUGGCUGCCAAAAUCAACGAGGAGGAUGAGGUGAUCGGCUCCGUCGGCGAGCUGGUGGCGCAGAGCGGGUGCAACUUCUCCACGGCAGAGAUUCUGCGCAUGGAGCGGAUCAUACUGGACAAGCUGCAGUGGGACCUGUACACGUCCACGCCGGUCGACUUCGUUCACAUCGUAAGUUGGACAGAACAGCCGCGCGGAGCCUCAAAGCACAGUGGUACGACAGCACGCGACAAACCUUCAUGCUCACUUCACACUUGGUCCACAGAGAGAGUGUGCGUUCAGUUGUGGUCGGGACUAGUUUGGUUGCCGUGUUUGACUUGACUUGACUUGAAAACGCCCCUGGUUCAGUCUUGCAUAGAAAAACUAAAUUCAGGUGAAACAAGUGCCGGAGUCAGUCGCUUGUUUCUGGACAGAAAACCUGUUCCAAGCAACUGUUUCUCAAACCAAGGCACAAUUGACGAAAACAUAAUACAAGCCUUUCAAGCUUGGCUGCAGCUCCCAGUUGUGCAUUGGAAUGAUAGCGAGGCUCGUCCACACGAGCGGGAAAUUCACUUGUUUUUUUGCUUUUUUCAAACACUAAAAUGCAGCAGUGAUGUCAUAGACACACCUCUGCAUCCUCGCCCUGCAACUACAACAAUGGCCGAAGUGUUGCACUAGUUCUGCACCGGCUUAUCGGAAAGAUUGACAUAAAAUUGUUGGCCACCGAUUGUAGUUUUCAUUUUGGUCGCCAUGUUUGUAUUCGCCACAUCUUCCAGAGUGUCACAGCGGCACACGGAGGCCGUGGCGUGUGCACCGCACCGUAGUGUGGACGCAGAUUUUUCCCCUGAAACAAAACGGCAGGGCAAAAGAUCGCAAUGGAAUAAAUGUACGUUUUUGUGUGGACGAAGCCUGGAUUCAAGAUGGAGGUGAAGGCUAAGGAACAACGUCUGGGGAGUCAAAUAUUGGUGCUGUGUUUGGUGUAAAGCUUCCAAACUGUGGGCCUAAAUUUGACUCGCGUUUCGUCUCUCUGGACCACAAACCUCUGGGCCUGAAACGACUCAGAUCCAGGCUGAUUUAUUAGUUUCCUUAAAGCCACGAACCCAUAGAAAGCAGUUUGGCACAGAGCAGGUUCUGAUGGGACCUGCAGGUUCCACUAUCACGUCACUCGGUACGAUAGAGAGACAAGGCCAUUUAAAGAAAAACUCAUAAAAAUAAAGACGCUUCUCUUCUUAUAUACUCGGAAUAAAUCUUUCCUCCAUAAAUAACUUCUAGCUAUUUGCGUAAACUCCACCCUGAUGAACGGCUUCGGUAGGUCACAGACUCACGUCACCAUGACACUGACACGCAGGAAACACUUGAUAUGCUCGACGUGCAAGGGAAGGCAGCCACGGAAGGGAGAGAGAAACCGCGUGAGGAGCUCGGCCCUCGCUGCUGCGCCGCCCUCACGCUUCUGCUGACAUGGCUUCAGUUGUGCUACGGGCAGGAAGGGGAUGCAGAAGCUUGAGGGGAAGGAGAGGAAAAGACAACAAAGGCCUGAUGAUGUCGCCGUAGAGCUGCACAGUCUGUGGCUCCAGAAAGUUCCCUUGAGAUGGCUUCCUUAUUUUCAAAGCCAACAGGGGGCGCUGUGUUCGAUUCAUCAUUCUGAAUUGUUUCACUCGCUACACCAACGUUUUUAACAUCUCCCUUGUUUAGUUUGACGCGGAGAUGUCGCUAAUGCUGUUGACGUCAGAUUUUCAUAGUUUUUACUUCCGAUGUCGGUGGACCGUUCUUGAGCCACGUUGAAACAAGCUAUUGCACCGGCGCGGUUCGUUCUGUAGCUGUAAUAUUGCAGCUUUGUGCGGCAACAAUUUUGGCGAUGCUGGUAGCUUCUUGCUAGCCACAUGCUACGAGUUAGCUGUAGCUGAUGCGCACUGUUUGGUUCAGUUUUAGCGCUGCUUGCGUUAUCUUGUUAGCCAUUUCCUGGACUGUGGCAUUCGCUUGAGCUGUUGUCGCGCUUUGCUAGCGCCUUGUGAGGAACGCAGCUUGGCGCCAGUGCUAGCAUGUUCCAGACCUGUCAGUGUCGAAGGUUUGACGCGGUUAUCCGGAGGGUGAAUUAAAAUGUCCGAACUGUGCAGCUCUACUCGCGUUAAACGUCCGCUACGGGACGAAACGACGGACGGACGGACGGCGCCUGACACGGCUCCCUUGUAGUCCAGGAAGGGGGGGGGAGGAC